AGGUUGUGCGAAGGUGACCAAAUAAUGAGCCGGAGCCUAGGGAUUCCGGUGAAGCUUCUCCACGAGGCAGCGGGUCACAUCGUGACGGUGGAGCUGAAGAGCGGUGAGCUCUAUCGAGGCAGCAUGAUCGAAUGCGAGGAUAACUGGAACUGCCAGCUUGAGAACAUCACGUACACCGCCAAGGAUGGCAAAGUAUCACAACUUGAGCAUGUUUUCAUUAGGGGGAGCAAAGUAAGAUUUAUGGUCAUACCUGACAUGCUAAAAAAUGCUCCAAUGUUCAAACGUUUGGAUGCAAGAAUCAGGGGCAAAGGUUCGGCUCUUGGUGUUGGUCGUGGUCGUGCUGUGGCUAUGCGUGCAAGAGUAAGUUUGGUUUAAAAAGAUUGAAUUACUGUUUGCUGUUUGGUUGAUAUCAUUUGUGCAAGAUCAUUAUACACACAUGCAGUGCAUUUUUACAUGCA